UCACCUUUACCUGAGGAGCCAACUUUCUACACCCAGUCCCAUCUUGUUUUUUGAGGCAGGGUCUCUCUCUUUCUCUCUGAGACCCAGGGCCUGGCCAGGCUGGCUGUCACUGAGCCCCUGGGAUCCUCAGGCUUCUGCCUGUGGUCACAUGUACUGUAUCCACGCCCAUGUACACUUAGCUGACUAAGUAAUCUUCCCAUGCUUUUAGUCCAGCUCUCAGGGCCACUGAUCUUGUUUAAAUAUAAAUUAGAUCAUACUAUCCUGCUGCACCAAAACUUCCAGCGGCUUCCAUUUUGGGUUAGAAGAGAAUUCAGGCUCCUCCUCAAAAAUGUUGCCUUAGGUUCCUAUUGCUGAUAAAACACUCAGACCAAAACCAAUUUUGGGAGGAAAGUGGGCUUUCUUUGUUUUUUUUUUUUUAAAUUCCAGCUUACAUGUCCAUUACAACUCAUCACUACAGAAAUCAGAGCAGGAACCUGGAGGCAGGAACUGAAGCAGAAGCCACGAGGAACAUGACUCAUAGGCUUCCUCCUCAUGACUUGCUCAGCCUGCUUUCAUAUAGCAUCCAGAACCACCAGCAGUACCAGGGAUGGCACCACUCACAGUAGGCGGGGCCUUUCCACAUCAAUCGUUAAUCAAGGAACUGUACCACAGGCUUGUCUACAAACCAGCCUGGUGGAAACAUUUUCUCGGUUGAGUUUUCCUUCUAAAAUGGCUCCAGCUUGUGCUGUUUGCUCUCUUUCUCAUCUCUUGUCACUCAGUCACUCUGAUGCAGACAGUGUCCAUCUUGCUGUUUCUUGAACAGUCCAAGCUCCUCCUCACCCCAGGGCCUUGCUACUCAAGAAUGCCGAAUAUUAAAUCCAGGGCCCCGUGCAUGCCGGGCAAGCAUCCUCCCACUGAACCACAUCUCUAGAUCUAUGUACGCACUGCUGCUUCUGCUGGACAAGUCUUCCCCGAGAUCUCUGCAUCGCUGAUUCUCCUCACCAGUGAGGUCUCAGUUCAGGUCUCAGGCUUUCUGGGAGCCCUUUUCAGAUCUUCCUUUUAGGUCUCCUCAACAACGGCCCUAAUUUUCCUUCUUAAGAUAUGGCACAGGCUCACAUGAUGAUAUCUACCUAUUUGCUCACACACUUUCUCCGACGUUCUCCUUAGAACAUACGCCUCAGGAAGGCAAAGUAGACAGUGGAUAGUCACUACUGUAUGGGCAGAGGUCUCCACCGCUUAAAACAGUCUCACCACCAACUUGUGCUGACUGAGCGAACCUCAGGUGUUCAGGAGACUCCAGCAGAGGUGGAGGAAUCCUCCUUGCGAAAUGACUCACAUUUGGGUGGGCUCCUUUGGUGCUUCUGGUGAAACCCAGAGCCCAAGGCCUCAAGUGGCCAGAAUUGGGAGGCUGGCGCAGCGGGCACUAGGACCCGGCGCGACGCGCGGCGGGCGGGGAAGCUCUUGGCGCUUCAGCAGCCCGGCUGCGGCCACUUGUGCGAUCCCGCCGCCCCUCGCGCCAUGAGCCGCAGGUUCACGGUCACCUCGCUGCCCCCCGUGGCGCCAGCUGCGGCCGCCGACCCUGAGUCUCGCCGGCAUUCGGUCGCCGACCCCCGCCGGCUCCCAAGGGAAGACGCCAAAGGUGAUGGCAACCCCAAGGAAAGCAGUCCCUUCAUCAACAGCACUGACACAGAGAAGGGAAAAGAGUACGAUGGCAAGAACAUGGCCCUGUUUGAGGAGGAGAUGGACACCAGCCCUAUGGUGUCCUCCCUGCUCAGUGGGCUGGCCAACUACACCAACCUGCCCCAGGGAAGUAGAGAGCAUGAAGAAGCGGAGAACAAUGAGGGCGGAAAAAAGAAGCCGGUGCAGGCCCCACGCAUGGGCACCUUCAUGGGCGUGUACCUCCCGUGCCUGCAGAACAUCUUUGGCGUCAUCCUCUUCCUGCGGCUCACUUGGGUGGUGGGCAUCGCUGGCAUCAUGGAGUCCUUCUGUAUGGUCUUCAUGUGCUGCUCCUGUACGAUGCUCACAGCCAUUUCCAUGAGUGCAAUCGCAACCAAUGGUGUUGUGCCUGCUGGUGGCUCCUACUACAUGAUUUCCAGGUCUCUGGGCCCAGAGUUUGGGGGCGCCGUGGGCCUCUGCUUUUACCUGGGCACUACCUUUGCUGGGGCUAUGUACAUCCUGGGCACCAUCGAGAUCCUGCUGGCUUAUCUCUUCCCAGCCAUGGCCAUCUUCAAGGCAGAAGAUGCCAGUGGGGAGGCAGCGGCCAUGUUGAACAAUAUGCGGGUAUAUGGCACCUGUGUGCUUACCUGCAUGGCCACUGUGGUCUUUGUGGGUGUCAAGUACGUCAACAAGUUUGCCCUGGUCUUCCUGGGUUGUGUCAUCCUCUCCAUCCUGGCCAUCUAUGCAGGGGUCAUCAAGUCUGCCUUUGACCCACCCAAUUUCCCGAUCUGCCUCCUGGGGAACCGCACGCUGUCGCGCCAUGGCUUUGAUGUCUGUGCCAAACUGGCUUGGGAAGGAAAUGAGACAGUGACCACACAGCUCUGGGGCCUUUUCUGUUCCUCCCGCUUCCUCAACGCUACCUGUGAUGAGUACUUCACCCGAAACAAUGUCACCGAGAUCCAAGGCAUUCCUGGUGCUGCCAGUGGCCUCAUCAAAGAGAACCUGUGGAGUUCCUACCUGACCAAGGGGGUGAUUGUGGAGAGGCAUGGGAUGCCGUCAGUGGGCCUGACAGAUGGCACCCCUAUCGACAUGGACCACCCCUAUGUCUUCAGUGACAUGACCUCUUAUUUCACUCUGCUUGUUGGCAUCUACUUCCCCUCAGUCACAGGGAUCAUGGCUGGGUCCAACCGGUCUGGAGACCUGCGGGAUGCCCAGAAGUCCAUCCCUACCGGAACCAUCCUGGCCAUUGCCACCACCUCUGCUGUCUACAUCAGCUCUGUUGUUCUGUUCGGGGCCUGCAUUGAGGGGGUCGUCCUGCGGGACAAGUUCGGGGAAGCUGUGAAUGGCAACCUGGUGGUGGGCACUCUGGCCUGGCCAUCUCCUUGGGUCAUUGUCAUCGGCUCUUUCUUCUCCACCUGUGGGGCUGGACUACAGAGCCUCACAGGGGCCCCACGCCUGCUUCAGGCCAUCUCUCGGGAUGGCAUAGUGCCCUUCCUGCAGGUCUUUGGCCAUGGCAAGGCCAAUGGAGAGCCAACCUGGGCGCUGCUGCUGACUGCCUGCAUCUGUGAGAUUGGCAUCCUCAUCGCCUCCCUGGACGAGGUCGCCCCCAUCCUUUCCAUGUUCUUCCUCAUGUGCUACAUGUUUGUGAACUUGGCUUGUGCGGUGCAGACACUGCUGAGGACACCCAACUGGAGGCCACGCUUUCGCUAUUACCACUGGACUCUCUCCUUCCUGGGCAUGAGCCUCUGCCUGGCCCUCAUGUUCAUUUGCUCCUGGUACUAUGCACUGGUAGCCAUGCUCAUUGCCGGCCUCAUCUAUAAAUACAUCGAGUACCGGGGGGCGGAGAAGGAAUGGGGCGAUGGGAUCCGAGGCCUGUCUCUCAGCGCUGCUCGCUACGCUCUCCUGCGCCUGGAGGAAGGACCUCCGCACACCAAGAACUGGAGGCCCCAGCUGCUGGUGCUGGUGCGCGUGGACCAGGAUCAGAACGUGGUGCACCCCCAGCUGCUCUCCUUGACCUCCCAGCUCAAGGCAGGGAAGGGUCUGACCAUUGUGGGCUCUGUCCUGGAGGGCACCUUUCUGGACAACCACCCUCAGGCUCAGCGGGCAGAGGAGUCUAUCAGGCGCCUGAUGGAGGCUGAGAAGGUGAAGGGCUUCUGCCAGGUGGUGAUCUCCUCUAACCUGCGCGAUGGAGUGUCCCACCUGAUCCAGUCUGGGGGCCUCGGCGGGCUGCAACACAACACUGUGCUAGUAGGCUGGCCUCGCAACUGGCGGCAGAAGGAGGACCACCAGACAUGGAGGAACUUCAUCGAACUGGUCCGGGAAACCACAGCUGGCCACCUGGCUCUGCUGGUCACCAAGAAUGUGUCCAUGUUUCCUGGGAACCCUGAGCGCUUCUCCGAGGGCAGCAUCGAUGUGUGGUGGAUCGUACACGAUGGGGGCAUGCUCAUGUUAUUGCCCUUCCUGCUGCGCCAUCACAAGGUGUGGAGGAAAUGUAAGAUGCGGAUCUUCACUGUGGCCCAGAUGGACGACAACAGCAUCCAGAUGAAGAAAGAUCUGACCACAUUUCUGUAUCACUUACGCAUUACGGCAGAGGUGGAGGUGGUGGAGAUGCAUGAGAGCGACAUCUCGGCAUACACCUAUGAGAAGACGCUGGUAAUGGAGCAGCGCUCUCAGAUCCUCAAGCAGAUGCACCUAACCAAGAAUGAGCGGGAGCGGGAGAUCCAGAGCAUCACAGAUGAGUCUCGGGGCUCCAUUCGGAGGAAGAAUCCCGCUAACACUCGGCUCCGCCUCAAUGUUCCCGACGAGACAGCUGGCGAUAGUGAGGAGAAGCCAGAGGAGGAGGUGCAGCUGAUCCAUGACCAGAGUGCUCCCAGCUGCCCCAGCAGCUCGCCGUCUCCAGGGGAGGAGCCUGAGGGGGAGGGGGAAACAGACCCGGAGAAGGUGCAUCUCACCUGGACCAAGGACAAAUCAGUGGCAGAGAAGAAUAAAGGCCCCAGUCCUGUCUCCUCCGAGGGCAUCAAGGACUUCUUCAGCAUGAAGCCGAACCAGUCCAACGUGCGGCGCAUGCACACGGCUGUGCGGCUGAACGAGGUCAUCGUGAAUAAAUCCCGGGAUGCCAAGCUAGUCUUGCUCAACAUGCCCGGGCCUCCCCGCAACCGCAAUGGUGAUGAAAACUACAUGGAAUUUCUAGAGGUCCUCACUGAGCAACUGGACCGGGUGAUGCUGGUCCGCGGUGGCGGCCGCGAGGUCAUCACCAUUUACUCCUGAGGGCCAGGACCUGUCACGCCGGCCCGAGCGCGCCCGGCCCGCGGC